AUGUCGGUGGGUUUUACAAGCUUCGACGAUAUCGUUUGUCGGGCAAUGAAGAGGCGGGAUCGGCGGGAACACGCGGAUGCGAGAAAGGAGGAUGGGGACCUCUUCUUCAACCAAGCACCCAUUCCUCCUCUUUCUCUAUACGUCACCUCACCGAUGGCCGAAGUUCAGAUUCCACCACCGACCAUCGAUGGUAUCUUUUGUGUCCACUACAAGGAAGUCAUGCGUUAUCCCAUCCGUGCUAAUCAUCGUCGCAAGUGCUCGGAUUGUGGCUUUGACGGGAGGAUGCGUUCUUUGGCUUCGACCCAAUCAAUCGUGAGGACAUUGAGUGCUGCCUCUAUCGUGAACAAGGAUGAUGCUUAUCAAUGCAAGAAGCAUGCCCCGACCACUAAGAAAGCUGGCAGGAAGUAUUAUCGUCACACGGGACCAUCUCGCUCGACCUCGAGGUGCCCUACUCAAGACGUCAUCGCCCUACGGAAGGGUGAAAAACAAGAUGGUUGA